GAUAGUGUUCCAUUUCUUGAUAUGAUUCAGAGAGGUAAAUUUGUUGCUUUAUAUGGUACACACGUUUUAGGAAAAUUCACAUGUAUGAUUCAAGUUAAGAUACAGUUGAUAAAUGAAAGCUUUAUCUGUAAUUAUGUAACUCUCAAGCUGGUUAACAUAGAAUCUGUAGAUAAAUUCUGGAUAUCACUUGGCCAUUCUUUUGAAAUUGAUGACACUUCUGAUAUCAAAUUUGCUAGUAUCAAAUCUGCUAAUGAAUUUGCUAGAUUUUUUAGUAAAGACAAGUGUAAAAAAAGGGUGGUUCUCUUUAUUGAUGAGUAUGAUGUAUUGUAUGAAGCAGGUGAUGAUAUUAGAGCCCCAUUCCUUGGAACCAUCCAUGGCAUUAAAAUUGCAAAAGAUAAAUAUUCUCUCUGGUCUUCUGUGGCUGUUGGUCCCUUCAAUAUCUUACAUUUGAGUUCAAAUAGGAGUAUGUCAUUAUUCAAUGUAAAAAGUCCAUUCCAAAAUCCAAAUUUCACGAAGAAGCAAGUACAGUUAUUAUAUAGAAACUUUGCACAUGAUCACGAUUUCACUAUUGAUCCAGCAAUAAUUGAAGACAUUUACAUACAGACAAAUGGUUUAUUGCAAAAAUCAGUACUAGAUUAUGCCACCUUUAGAAAGAUAAUCCAUAUACUUACCAAAGAUAAAGCCAGGAAAGCCAUGCAACUUAUUCGAUCUACAUUCAUAGGAUUCUUUGAUUUAGUACAGAUUGUUGACAAUGAAGAAAGAAAUUUAGCAAAAUUCUUAACAGCUGAGGGUGUGCUAAUCAGGGAUGAAGAGAUCAAAGAUAGAUUUAAAAUGUCAUCUGUUCUUGUAGAUGAUCUAGUUCGACAAAGAGUCAUUCCUAAAUUAUUCAAGUCCUUCCCAAUAGUUGCAGUUCCUGAAAAACGUGAUGCAUUCCUUGAUACUGUCAAUGUUUUGAAGACAGUUGUCUAA